AUGGAAGGAAGGGAGGUGGUGUUGCCGACUGUGUCCCGCGUUGCACUGUGUGGUGGUACCCAUGGCAAUGAGCUGUCAGGAGUGUACCUGGUGAGAGAGCGGCUGAAGAGGAAGGUGGAAGAGGAAGACCACUUCUCCGUGGUGACCGUGAUGUCCAACCCGCGUGCCGUCCAGCAGUGUCGGAGAUACACAGAGACAGACCUGAACCGCUGCUUCACCCAUGCCACCCUUAGUGGGCCUGUGACAGACAAAACCCCCUAUGAGAUAGUCCGGUCCCAGGAGCUGAACACCCUGCUAGGUCCUAAAGGUAGUCCAGAGGCCAUGGACCUGGUGUGUGACCUCCACAACACUACCGCUAACAUGGGCCUGUGCCUCAUCGCCUACUCCGACUGCGACUGGAUCUCUCUUCACAUCUACAGAUACCUGCAGAGACAAAUGUCUGACAUACCUGUGAGGUUCAUUCACUUCGACCUUCCCCUCAAUGAAGCAUAUUCCCUCGAUUCGGUAGGCAAACAUGGCUUUGCAAUUGAGAUUGGUCCUCAGGCCCAUGGAGUAGUCAGGUCCAAUAUUUUAUCCACAAUGCAAGAAGGGGUCCAGCACAUGCUAGAAUGGGUCCACCUCUUUAACUCAGGUACCCAGUUUGAAGGAGGAAAAGUGGAUGUGUACACCAUGGUGAAAAAUGUGGACUACCCAAGAGAAUUUGAGACCCACGGUAUUACAGCCGCCAUUCAUCCUCAACUCCAGGAUCGGGACUUCUGCCUCCUCCGCCCCAAUGACCCUGUGUUCCAGACUUUUUCUGGAGAGACACUAAAGUACAAAGGGACUGAGCCACUCUAUCCAUUCUUCAUUAACGAAUGUGCGUACUAUGAGAAGGGCAUAGCUCUCUCCCUUGCAAGACAAAGGAGUGUGGGGAUACCAUCCAUCCGAUCGGAGAGAGAAGGAGAACAGGGAAAGAGGAAGAGUUCAGCAGAAGAAAUGGAGGAGGAAGAAGAAAUUAAAGGGGAAAUGGAGGAGGAGGGCUAUCAGAAGCUAAUGGAAUAUGGAGAGGAGAGUGAUUCACUAAAUGGACAAUACAACUGA